AUGCCCCAUGUCGCGCUGUACAUCAUAUUGGUCCUGUACCUGUUCUGCUCCUCCUCCGACCACUCCUAUUGGGCCAGCUCUUCGGGCCGCAUGGUCCUCGCCCUCUUCUUCACACAGGCCGUGCUCGGCCAGGCCUCCUACCGCCUCAGCCGCUGGCCGAUCCCCGAGAACCUGGCGCUGCUGGCGCUCUACGCCGCCCUCGCGGCCGCCCUGCUGUGCCGCAGCAUGCGCAGCACGCAGGCGGUGUGGGCGGAGGCGCUCGCCCUGCGGGCGGGGGGCACCCCCGACCUCAGCCCCGUCGCCCUGCGGAUGCUGCUCGACUUCCACAACUGCACCUACAGCACAGAAUUCACAGAGCACAGCCCCCCAGACGACGUGGAGCGCGCCGCGGUGGCGGCCGCGCAGCUUCUGCAGAAGAAGCUGCAGGCCCUGCGCCGGCUGCGGCUGCAGCUGUUUUAUGACGAGCGCGCCUGGAUGUUCCCCGUCGGCGCCCUCACCCACUGCAUGAUCACCAUCCCCUUCUGGAUCUGUGAACUGUGGCUGGGCGCCGCGUGGCUGGGCCGCAACGGGCUGCCCAUCGCUUUUUCGUACCUGUUUGCGAUGUUGGCCGGGGCCUGGCUGGAGUGGCUGCUGGCGUUGGAAAACAGGCCCCCAGCCGAGCUAUCCAACUCGACCCGGGCCGCACUGGCGGCCGCCGCCGCGGAGCUGCAGGCGCAAGCCGCUGCUGCCGCCGGCCGGCCCAUGCGCCCGGACGACCUCUCUUCAAACGGCUGCCCGCCCUGCGCCCCCGGCGGCGCGGGCUGCGCCGGCGGCGCCCGCGGUGCGCUCGCGCCGCCGGGCGCGCGCCGCGCCGCCCUGGGGGCCCACGGCGGCUUCGGCUACUGGCGGCAGCUGCUGCGGUUCGCAGCGUGGAUGGCCGCCGUGUGGCUGGCGUGGCUGCUGGUUCUCAUGGCGGUGACGCUGGCCAUGCGGACCGGCCCCGGUGACGCGGUCAGCGGCCUGCUCGGUUACUUGCGGCUGGCGUGGGAGCUGCGGGCCCCCUUGGUGAGCUACUCGCUGAUGUCACUGGGUUACGCCUUUUAUCACACCGUGGGCUUCAACACCGUGCUCGGCUACGGCUCAAAAAUGCGGGAGGUCGCCCAAAGCCUGGCGGCUGCCCUCGCGGCCGGCUCCAUCGCCCUGGGGUUCCUGCCGAAGGUGCUGCCCGCGGCGGCCGAGCUCGCGCCCGCCGCGGCGGUCACAGCAUGCGGGGCGCUGUACCUAGUGUUCUCGUCGUCGGGCCGCGUCCUGGAGCGGCUGCGCGCCGCGCGGCGAAGCGUGAG